AAGCCUUGAAGUUGCUUCAUGAAUACAUCUUUCUUUAUCUUGGAUUCUUUUAUACUUGUCCAAAAUUCCAAAUGCAUAAGGCUGUCUUGCAGUAAUGAGUUCACUCUCUCUCAUUUAUUCUCUUCUCUCUCAGACAAUGCAGCAUGUUUUGUGCACCAGCUUGGAGAAUAGUCCCCAGACCAACCCAAUUAUUGGUCGCAUUGAGUGCAAGGCUGGACAUGGAGCAGGACGUCCAACAAAGAAACAGAUUGAGGGAGCUGCGGAUCGAUAUAGUUUCAUGGCCAUGGUAUCAGACGCAACUUGGAUCGAAUAGCUGUUAUGAGUUCUGAUGGACCGAACCGUGAUCACAAGCCGUUUGCUAGAAGUCGCACUUCCAGUUACCGAAAUCAUUUUCUUAUCUUUAUUUUCUUUAGGCUUUCCGCUCUAGAGAGCCCAUCACAAGAAUUUUCUGUUCACAAUCCACGUAAAUUCCUGAUCAACAGCAGUUUAGGUUUUCUUCACAUUUUAAAUUAGACACUUGAAAUCUUUUAAGGGAAUUGUCAAGCAAAAUAAAUUUUUGUAGGGACU